AUGUCCAGGUGCUUGCUUAAUAACGUUCUAUUUUUACGGUCCGCUGCAGGUCUACCGGACGUACCGAAUGUCGUAGCUGUGUCGGACUACGGUAAAGCUCUGGCGGUGGAGUGGUCAGCGCCGUCGCUUGGCACAUCUGCAGGUCACGUCACUUACGUGGUCCAGGAACGGCACCACGUGGGCGCAGCGUACGUACCGGAGCGCAUGACCACGUGGGCUAUGGUGACCAGGACCGACAGGACACGAGAACAGUUCAGACARCUUCACAUGCCCGGAAGGUGGUUCCAGUUCCGCGUCGCCGCCAUCAACGAGAACGGAACCAGCGGAUAUUCGCCUCCGUCCGAGCAGUUUUUCGUUGAGAUCGGACCGCUUUGUGAUUUUCUAGACGAAGGCGUUUACAACACGUUCGUGCUGGACUGUAAGGACACGUGGGCAGUGCUUUUACACUGCGCUGAGAAACCGUCGAGCCCGCGAUAUCUKUCUAGCAUCCUGUUGUCCAGGAACAGGACAGUGCCGGUAAAUGUACGCAGUUACGUACACGACAAACUUCCCAAGUACGGCGUCCAACUGGAGUACACGUUCCCGAUGGUGCAGGACGACUGCAGUCCCGCAGUCAUCCCGCUAUACUACGGUACGAAAACGGUGGCAGCCGGAGACAAGAAGACCGGGGCCGGAAGUAACAAUUUCAAGCACCCCAUGUUGCACAACGACCGUGGCAAUAAACAGCAAACCGAAAUCGAUACCGAUUUCAAUUAUAAUUGAUAACGUGUUGUUAUCAUCAAUAUCGAUUUACUUUAACAUAUUUUGGUUAAAUUAAAAUACAAGUGUGUAUUAUGCUCAGACGAGUGAUCGAUAUUAUAUUAUCAUUUAUACAUUAACAUAUUAUUAACUAUUUAUACUUAAAAACAUGCCUUUUCUUUCUCUUUUUUACAGUUAACCGUCGCGCGUCGUCGGCAUUAUAACAAAUAUAAUUUACCGCGGUCGAAAACUUAUACUUUUCAAACUCCUCGUUUCUCCGCGACGAGAAUAUUUUUACGGUCUCAGUAAUCCACUGCUGUAUAAUAUAGUUGCAUAUUUUAUUAAUAAAAUGAGUCAGGUAUAUAGGUUAGGYUAACCUCAACGUGCAAUUAUGCAUUCUUUCAAAUGCAAACACAUUAUUAUUACUUUUAGUUUUCACUAGCCAGCCUAAAAAUUURAAUUAUUUAUGACGCGUGUGUCUUUUUAUUGUAAUGAAAAUAAUUAGACCGUUUAAAACAUUAUACAAGCCAUUUGAAUAUAAUGUAAUAGUAUAUGCGCAUWGUUGGCUGGCAUUUAACAACUAUGAUCUUGUCACACCAAUACAAAUAAUAUGUUUGAUUAUGAAUACUA